AUGUUUCCAGAUUCUUCAGUGUUGUACAUCGAGCCCCGCCAUGGCAGUACCAACGGGGAGACCCGCGUCACCAUCACAGGACGGAAUUUCGCUAGAAACCUGUUCAGCUUUGGUGCUGGCUUUGGCCACGUUGGCAACAAGGUGGAGAUGGUGUCCGGUACGACGGCAUACGAAUGUGCAUUUCACCCUGACGGUUCCCACGAAACACAGAUCAUGUGCUAUACACAGAAAAUGCCCGCAGGAGAGUACAAGGUCCGAGUGUCCGUAGAUGGAGUGGACAUCCCCGCUAGUGACCACUGUGCAGGAGCCGAGUCCAAGUGUGAGUUCAAGACAUCAAGUUCGUACACCCCAACCCUGGACUCUCUCUCGCCAAUAACAGGCUUCCCAGGGGAUAUGGUGAAGUUCCGGGGCAAGCUCAUCACCGACAGAUACGGCAGCAACAUGGCCUCCAGCAGCAACGGCAAGGCGGAGAAGCUGCUCAGGGUGUACUUAGGAAGCGAGAACUGUGAGCUAAAGGAUCUGGACAACGAUUCUCUAUUCGGCAUACAUCUUGACAAUGAUGGAACCAGUGUCUUCGGAGAUCUGCAUUGCAAACACCAGUCUACCUUCGUCAGUUCUGUGAAUGCGAGUUUCAUCAUUGAAGGCGGAUACGGAAGGUCCCAACCCAGUACGGACAUUCUCCACGUUAGCAGUACAGGGAAGAUCUACAUGUUUCAGACAUAUGCCCCCAUCUACAGUAUAUCUCCCUCUACCGGAAGUCAGCGAGGAGGGACACGAUUAACCUUGACCGGCAAACAUUUUGAUGAAACCACCUCAAAGUCCAAGGUCAAGAUUGGAGGUAACAGAGGUCUCGCGUUCGAGAUUUGGAACGAUACUUACACCGACCUGGCCAGUAUCAGUAGCUUGAGUGUCAGUGCUAACGACUACAUCCAUGACCGCGUGGACAUCAGCCACUACACGGAGACCGGUAUGAACAACUACGUGACGCGGAUGAGCGGCUUCUUCGUGGCGCCCACGACGUCGGAGUACAGGUUCUACAUCCUCGGCGAUGACCAAGCGGAGCUGUACCUCAGCACAGACGACGUCCCCGCCAACAAGGUGAAGAUGUGCGAGGCUAGUGUUCACAGUACUUACUUUAAGUCAUCGAGUCAGCGGUCAUCGAAGGUCAACCUCACUGAAGGACAAAGCUAUUACAUGGAGGUGUUGCACAGGGAGGGCUCUUCGGCGUCGUAUGUCAAGGUCGCUGCGCGCGCAUACUCUACUGACGUCACCAACACCAUGACCGGCCAAGCGUGGCAGGAGAAGCAGAAGCUGGUGUUUACCUCCACAGUUGUCAAGGAAGAGCUGACCGUCGUUUUGAACACUCCGUCCGCGAAGUCGGCCACCAAAGAAGUUCAGACUGUGCUGGCUUCCGGUAACGCCAAUGCCCCGUUCAGACUCGGAGUGAUGGGGGUCUACACAGGACCACUGCUGGUUUCCACAACUGCUGCCGAGAUGACGACAGCUCUCAACAAACUCCCAGUUAUCGCCCCUGACACAGUCACGGUAACGGCAACACCAGAGGGCUCUGGUAACAGUUACAGCAUCACCUUCAACACCGACAGAGGCGACAUCCCCGACAUCACCUACCAGCUGACUAACGCCAACGUCACCGACCUGACCAUCACAGUGACAGAGGCUACCAAAGGCGCGCCGACCCUCGGCUCCUUCAGCUUCGACAUCGACGGCAUUCCGUCACCAGCACUGACAACCACAGCAACGGCCAGUGAGGGGCAGCGUUGCUAUGGCAGCCAGAUAUCUGACAAUGCCAAUGGACGCACCCUGCACGUCCUCGACAACCGUGUGCGGUCAGCGUUACUGAGUUUGUUCAGUUCUGGAUGUCCAAGUGACUUUGGUCAGCCCUCGGACAACAAGUACUUCCAGGACUACGAGAGCGGAGUGUCGUCCAAGUUUGGCGAGCGAAAGUCCGACGUGGAACCGUUUUGUGGUCGGUUUUCCGCCAAGAAUCCCAAUUAUCUGUACGAUAAGGGCGGAAGUGACGUCCUUGGCAUCUCCCUGUCACAGUACAACACGUUCUGCUUCGCCUACCGCGGAGACGUGAAGUCGGUGGGUGUGAAGUUCACGUACGAGGACACGGACAGAGAGAAACACUCCACCUGGACAAGUUUCUCCAUCACAGCACCAGAUGACGUCAGCCAAUGGAACUACCACUGUGAGAACAUCUACGAUGCCGCUCGAGCCCACCGCUCCUCCGGCUCCGACCACAGGGUCGACCGCGUCACCAUCACACGGAGGUCGUCGUCUCUUGACCUCUACGUGGACGUCGUGGCCAUCGUCAGAGAGCCGACAACAACUGAUACAGAUGGCGUUAACCUCCAAAGACUGCGCCAGGCACGUCCUAACGGGGUGUACAUCAACGACGUUGAAGUGACCAGCUCCGAGGCUGGUCAGUACACGGUCAAGCUGGACCCCCAUGCAUGUGGCAAUGAGUUCCCCCUCUUGGGGGUAGCAUACGGCAAGCUGACAAGUGGGGACAUCUCCAACACCAGCAGCACCGCUUCCUUCUCCGUCUCCAACGGCGGCUCGAAACUCGGGGUAGACAUCACCAGGGUCAAUGCAGCAUCGCCACCUGUCGGGGGAACUUUCACCGUGUCGUACAAAGGGCAGACAACCGAAGGAAUGCCACCAACGUCACUUGCGGAGGAAGUGACGGACCAACUUCAGGCGCUGAGCACCCUAGGUAAUAUGAAGAUUGAGAAAACCGGAAGUUGCUCCAAUUUUGAGUACGUCGUGACAUGGUUGGACCAGGGCGGCAACUUGGAAGAAAUGACGAUGGACACCAGCCUGCUGACUGGAAGUAACGUGGCGGCGUCUGUAACUACUGUCACCGACGGCAGUUUGUGGUACGACCCCAUCGUCGGCGACAUGUUGAGGACCGGCCACAGCAAGGCUCAGGUGCAGCUGUUCAUCAACGACAUCCCCAGCCACUGUACGACAGACUGCAGCUAUGAGUGGACAUCGGUCGCCACGCCCACUAUCACGUCCAUCACGCCCACGUCAGGAACCGAAGCUCAGAGUACAAGUGCCACCAUCGCCGGCUCUGGUUUUGACACAAAUGUAAACAACAACUUAGUAACCAUUGCUGGGGUCACGUGCAACGUCACUGCUGCAACAACGACAUCAAUCACGUGCAGCGUUGGUAAUGGGCCAACUGGUAGUCACAAUGUCAAGGUCGUUGUGGACGGUAAAGGGGAGGCAAGCGGGUCUGUCCAGUUUUCAUACGUAUCCGCGAUCACCGGCAUAUCGCCCAGCACCGGCAGCAUCGCAGGUGGCUCGGCAUUGACGAUAUCAGGCUACGGCUUUACCAACGACGGAUUGACCUACGUCGACGGCGUCCUCUGUCCCUCAACCAGCGUUACUCCAGCACAGAUUAUAUGCCUCACCCCAGCUGCCUCUACGUCAGGAGCGGCAGUGGACGUCACAGUCAGUCAGAACAGCGCUAAUCUGACGUCACCGACUCAGUUUACAUACGACGUAUCGUCAUCCUCCAUCAUCUCGUCCAUCUCAGUCACGACAUCAACAGUUGAAGGUGGCGCAACCAUCACCAUCACCGGUACAAGUUUUGGUUCAUCUGCCGACCCAGCCGAACCCCUGACAGUCGGGGGCAAGGCGGCCAAUAUCACCAGCUACGCCGACACACAGAUAGUGGCGACUCUCCCCUCCAACGCUCCAGGAUCCUAUCCAGUGCUGCUGCAGACUGGCGGUCAAGGAUUAGCUGAUCUCAGAACCAACACUGUCCCCAAUAUCGACUACGUCCUGAAGGUGACCAACAUCUACCCGUCGCGGGGCUCUCUGUACGGCGGUACUCGACUGACCAUCACUGGCGAGGGGUUCCUGGACAACAACACGCUGGUCAGUUUCGGACCUCACGUCUGCGUCCCCAACGUCAUCAACAACACUCAGGUCGUCUGCACCAUCCAGGAUACAGGGGUGGUACCACGAGACUUCGGAUACGGAUAUGCCUGGAAUCCCAGCAGUCUUGAAGUGAAGGUCGGGGACUCCGUCAAGUGGUCUUGGACCACACCCAAAUGGGUGACUGGCAUCGGGUACCGGAUAGUAGAGCUGGUGAACGCCAGUACAACGGUGGAGAAGACCAAUGGCGUCAGUUCCGGCAGUACCAAGGUUGCAAAUGGUCAGUACCAAUACAAGUUCGGGGCGGCAGGGAACUUCCAUUACUGGAGCGGCUACGCUGAUGAGUUCGACACCAUCUCCUUGAAGGGCAAGGUCACGGUGGUACAAGCACCGUCACACACCAAGGUUCUCCGACUGACCGUGUUCGGCCACGAGGCUGUGUAUCAGACAGGAGGCGCGGAUCCUGCUCCGAACGGCCCUUGUCCCGGAACGACCGACGGUGCUGACGGCUGCACAGAUUCCGAGCCAGCUGAUCUCGACGCGUCCAAGUUCAAUUUUAAAUUCUGGCGCUGCAGUUCCCCUGUCGUCACUGACCUGAACCUGAGACAGGGGUCGUCUGUGGACGAGCUUGUGGUUCGGGGGUCAGGGUUCAGCUUAACAAACUGCCAGAAUGAAAUCAGGAUUGGGAAUGCUGUGGGUGUCGUUCAGUCCAGCACGAACGAGUCCGUGACAUUUAGGAUUGACUCCACAAACUCUCCAAACGUUGGCGUUCCCGGGGAACUGUCCAUGAGUAUUGGGAACCGAGGGAACGCGGCGAUAGCACUCCCUGGAGACCUGUCCCGGAGAUUCGUCCUUCUACCCGUGAUCGAGUCAAUGUCGCCGUCCUCAGGGUCGACAGGAGGAGGAACUCUUGUCACUCUCUCGGGGUCAGGGUUCCAGGGAACAAAGUCCGAUGUGUCCGUGAGUCUACAGGGAUAUGAGUGUGUUCUGGAGAGUCUUAACUAUACCGAUAUUAUAUGCUCCACCCCAUCUGGUCCUGUUGGAGAGGUGACGGUGUCGGUGACGGUCCAAGUAGGCGGCAACGCGCUACCUGUGUCGUGUAACACCAGCUGCAACUACAACUACUCCACAGAUCUGUCUCCAACUGUCAGUUCCGUGACUCCGGCAACGGUGAACACGUCAUCAACAUCCUUGACAAUCACUGGGACCAUGUUUGGGACAUCUGCCGCUGACGUCACUGUAACCGUAGGGGGAGUGCCUUGCGUUCUUAAUGGAUCAGUGUCGGAUACGACAAUUGUGUGUGACGUUGGUGACGUGCCUGUCGGCACCCACACAAUUGAUGUCCGGUUACAGGGCAAAGGGAGGGCUGUUACUACAUCCACGGUUCAGAGCCUGGCAACCAUUUCAUCGCUGUCACCAUCAUCUGGCAGCGUCAACGGCGAAGUCGUUUUAACGAUAACGGGGAAUGGUUUCGUCACAGACUCGACCACAGUAUCAGUUGAUGGCGGCAACUGCACCAUCGUCUCCGUCCACGAAACCAACAUCAGCUGCAUCACUCCAUCCCAUGCUGCGGGAUCUGUCGACGUAGUAGUUACGUCAGCGGGAACAACGUAUCCAUCCGAGACGUUCACGUACUCCACAGCAGCGACGCCGACGGUGUCAUCGGUGUCUCCAACAAACGGAAUCGGCGGCAACACAGUCACGAUCGCCGGGACCGGUUUCAGCUCCAGCGACUCCGACAACACUGUCACAGUUGGAGGGGUCACGUGCUCAGUCACAGCCUCGUCUUCGACGUCCAUCACGUGCACGCUAGGCGACCAGCAGACGGGGACCUAUCCAAUCAAAGUGGUCGUGUCCGGAAGUGGGGCUUCUGCGCAGACAGUGGAAGUGACGUAUGAAAUGGACGCCUCUGGGAUUUCCCCUUCAACAGGUGGAAUUGCCGGAGGUCAGACCGUGACGGUGACUGGGACGGGGUUCCUGGUGGGCGGCACCAACGUCACCGUGUGCGGGGUGGACUGUCUUCCAGCACCCAACGCCUCUCAGACGUCCGUCCAGUUUGUGUGUCUGACGCCUGUGACGGUCACAGAGAGCUGUGACGUCGUCGUCACCGUCAACGGCAUCAUCGACACGUUGACCUCCGCCUACACGUACGACGCCAGCUUGACGUCCGAGGUGACCGGCGUGUCCCCGCUGCGAGGUGGUACUGGCGGCGGCACAAACAUCACCAUCACUGGGACGGGGUUCGGAAGCAGCACAGGUGCAGUUAAAGUGACGAUAGGUGGCGCUGACUGCUCCGUCUCCACGGUAACCACGACGGAAAUCACCUGCAUCUCAGGUGCAACAUCGUCCCAGAAGACUAAAGUCAUUGUGGAAAUCAACGGAAACGGAAUGGCGAAACAGACUAACGCCGAUUUUGAGUACAUCGAUGUGUGGUCCUCCAAAUACACGUGGGGUGGAUUUGACCCUCCAGCCAAAGGUGACCUUGUCGUGGUCCCGAAAGGUCAAAUCCUUCUUCUGGACACCGACACGCCCAUUCUGAAGAUGCUCCUCAUUCAAGGAGGCGAACUGAUAUUUGACGAGAAAGACUUAAACCUACAUGCUGAGAAUAUCCUCAUCACAGACGGAGGAAAGCUGCAGGUCGGCACAGAGGCGGAACCCUUCCAGCACAAAGCAGUUAUCACCAUGCAUGGUAACUUCCGGUCACCGGAACUGCCCAUAUUUGGCGCCAAGACACUGGCGGUCAGGGAAGGAAUUCUUGACCUUCACGGCAAAAUCACUCCCGUAACCUGGACACGUCUCGCGUCAACAGCAACAGCUGGAGCCACCACCAUCGUCCUGCAGCAUCCUGUAAACUGGGAGGUCGGCGACGAGAUCGUCAUAGCAACAACUGGAGGUCACCACAGUCAAAAGGAGAGUGAAAUACGAUCCAUCGCCGCCAUUGCUUCUGACAACGUGACCUUGACCUUAGAUUCAGCCUUGAACUACACACAUAUUGGAAUCAGCAGAACGUUCAGUGGUUUUGAUGUCGACUUCCGGGCGGAGGUUGGUUUGUUAACACACAACGUGGUCGUCAAGGGGUCACGUGAUGUUCAGUGGGACGAGAAGAUAGAGGCGUGUCCCGCAGGAUUCAACACAGGUGAGUUCGCUACUCAAACAUGUUUCCUUGGACGAUUCGGUGCCGAGAUGGGAAGCGAUGAAUUUGGGUCCAGCAUCAUGAUCCACGCUCCACGUGCAGACGAGAACCUCGCUAUAGCGCGAAUCAGCCACAUCGAGGUGACCCAUGCUGGCCAGGCGUUUAGACUCGGUCGAUACCCGAUCCACUUCCAUCUCAACGGUGACAUGUCGUCGUCGUAUGUCCGUGGCUGCUCCAUCCACCACACCUUCAACAGAGCCGUCAACGUGCACGGCACCCACAACACAUUCGUGGAACACAACGUCUUAUAUGACGUCAGAGGGGGCGCCUUCUUCCUGGAAGAUGGCAUCGAGACUGGAAACUACUUCCGGUACAACUUAGGCGUGUUUGUUCGAGCGAGUACGAGUCUUCUCAACGACGACAUCACCCCUGCAACGUUCUGGCUCACCAACCCCAACAACACCGUGGCCCACAAUGCAGCAGCCGGCGGAAGCCAUUUUGGAUUCUGGUACCGAAUGCACAAGCACCCAGAAGGCCCGUCCUUUACAACCAGCGUCUGUUGCCAGCAUGUCCCCCUGGGAGAGUUCAGAAACAACACAGCUCAUUCAUUUGGUUGGUUCGGUCUUUGGAUCUUUGAAUUUUAUUUCCCCAAAGUAGAUGGCAGCUGUUCAUCAUCGGCAGCGGACUUGGCAGCAAAGUUUGAGACCUUCACUGCCUGGAACUGCGAAAAGGGCGCUGAAGCGGUUCAGGGCGGUUCACUCCAGUUCAUAGACUUCAUCCUCGUCAACAACAAGCUUGCUGGCUACGAAGGCAAGCUGCUAGGUCGUGUUCCUCAAUUCGACGAGGACAACGGACCGAUGGUCAAAGGCGGACUUAUUGUUGGUCACCAUCCUGAUCUAGCAACUGAACACGGCUGUACAAGAGGUGGAAUUGUCCUCCCUUACAAUAAUGGAUUCCUAAUAAAAAAUGUUACUUUUGUAAACUUUGACCAAAGCGUCUGUUCCGCGUUUUCCUGGACACGAAUCACCGGAACCUGCUCGGAUCAAUGCGGGGGCUUCCUGUAUAAAUCUUCCCAACUCCAGUUCGCAAGCUCGCCAAACAAAGCGUCGUAUGGAUGGGAACAUGAGGGCGUCAUUGAAGACCAAGAUGGAACAUUGACAGGCACAGUAGGGGGGUCUAUAGUUGCCACAACUGGCAUCCUCCCGCCGUCCAAGUGUACUCAAACAGUAGCCUUCAGUGUGGGCAUUCCUGGCAGUGUCUGUGACGAAACUGUACGGUUCCACAGAUUCGCCUUCAACGACAUUGAUCCUGCCUCACUGAAGGGCAAGAACAUCUCCUUGACUAACACCCACGUCAAGUAUAGGGAGUUCAGAAUUAAACGGAUCUCACACAAACCUGGCUGGUCGGUGGUGCUGCCUGAAGGCGAGGAUUAUACUCUGACGUUUGUUAAUGCUGAACAUUUGACUAACAUCAGCUUCAACGGGCAGUUCUACUCUUUCUCGUCCGGGCAGUACAUCACCAUGUCCCAACAGGCUGAAAAGCCCGACCGCUUCAAGGUCGACGGGGUCACCAUCAACGAGACUGUUGGGGGAUUCAACACAGCUUCUGACGUCACCGGAAGCUGGGCAUAUGAUGAAGGAAACGGAAGGAUCCAGUACCUCGUUUCCGGCAACAGCGGGUCAAGGAAGAAGCGUGGCGCCAUCUCAUAUUCCUCUGACAGGACCUUCGAAAUGCAAUCGUUCCGCUGUUACUAUAGAAACUGCGAGCCUCCCCCAGCGCCAGAAACCGUGCUGUCGCGCCCCGGUCAUAUCACGCCGUGGUCCCUCAAUUCUUCCUGGGAGUUCCGAACCGGCGGCAAACCCGUCGACAACGACAACGUCACAAUACACAGAGAUUACUGGAUCCUGGCCGACGAAGAGUUUCCUCUGAUUGACACGCUGAUCAUUCACGGAGGUCUGGAGUUUGAGAACAAUGCCUCGCAGAUAUUCAAUCUCCGGGCCAAGUAUAUCAUCAUUUAUGGCCGGUUGGUUAUAGGGUGGGCACAUGAUCCCUUCCCGGUUGCCAACAUAAUUCUGUCUGGGUCACACUCAAGCCCUGUCUUCCCUGUUAAUGACGGCCCCACGCUCGGGUCAAAGGUCAUAGCUGUGUAUGGCGGGCUGGAUAUGCAUGGCCUUGACCCCGGCGUCACGUGGACAAGUCUUGGAGUCACGGCCGCAGCGGGAAGUAACUCUAUCACGCUUUCCGAACCGGUCUCGUGGGCGGUGGAUUCUGAGAUAGUCAUCACACCGACUUCCUACAGUGCAUGGGAGACAGAGACCUUCAAGAUUACCGCCGUGUCAGCAAACAACCUCACCCUCACGCUGAACGGAAGCUUGGCUCACUCACAUAUAGCCGUCAGUGAGACAGUUUCCAACGGUCACAGUUACAAUCUUGCUGCCAAGGUCGGCCUGCUGACCCGCAAUAUCAGGAUCAUAGGCGAGGAUUACUCGCAGCUGUUCAGUCAGUCGUUCGGUACCCGGUUAUUGGUCGCUCGGACGGCAGAUUCCACGAUGUCAUACAGCGGAUUUGCAAAGAUUCAGAACGUGGAGUUUUUCCACACGGGUCGAGGGUACACGACGUCAUACGACCCUCGCUUCUCCGUCGCAUUCGUGGACGUCAGUAACGCCGGUGACCGCUCCUCCUACGUCCGUCGCAACGCCUUCCACAACGGCUUCUCCCGAGCUAUCGGCGCAUUUGGCAUCAGCAACCUUGUGAUAGAGGACAACAUCGUGCAUCACACCGUGGGACCAGGCAUUGUCACGAAUUCUGAAAACAGUACACUGAUCAGAAACCUUGUGGUUCUGUCCAUUUGGCCCGGUGCCUACCAGGACAGGCAGGAACCUUUCAACAUAGAAUAUGAAGGUGGCAUCGAGGCUAUCACCGCAACUAAUCUCGUCCUGAGAAACAACGUAGUCUCCGGAAGUGAGAGAAUGGGAUUCCACACACCUGGCGAAGGAUGCACCGGAAGUUCUCUAUGGAGUGGAAACGAGGCUCACUCAAACCUCAUGGGUGUUGGGAUGUUCCCGGCAGAUAAAGGCGUUAGUGAAACAUGCGUCCGAUAUGCCAACUUCCUGGCGUGGAAGAACGUAGACUUUGGUUUUUAUUACCAAAACGCAGGGAGCUUCAUCGGCGAGGGGCUCGUGUCGGUGGAAAAUGGAGUUGGUGUGUUCCCCUUUGUUAUCGGACCGAGCGCCGUCGGUCAUCAGACUUCUGAUAAAUACGUCACUGUUAAAGAGUCCUUUUUUGUUGGCAAGACGUCAGCAUUCGACUGCACCAAUGACGUCAUGGACAGUACUGACGUCAACAUCCAACUGAGCGGUAGCGGCAGAAGCUGGGGCAAUGGCACACAUGGCAAGGUCGGCGUCUCGUGGCCAAAUUUCAGUGAGGGUCCGAACAACGCCCCUGAGAAGCCGUUUGCUGGGAUUAUGGCUUAUCAGGCGAUCAGUGGAAUCAUGCAUCUCAACAAUGUGACGUUCGCCAAUUUCGGCACGUCAUGCACGUCCAGCAACGACUACGCUAUCACCACCAACCCCAAAAACGAUGACUGCAUUCACCCCAUCGAGUCCCAGUCUCUAAGCUUCCUCAACGUACAGUCUGGCAGGGAGCUCUUUAUCCACAUACCUAAAGUCGGUAAAAUCAACUCUGCUGACUGCGUUGAUAUGGACUGUGAUGGCCUUAAGAAGGCCUUCAUUAAGGAUAUGGACGGAUCCCUCCUCGGGACGCCGGGGGCAGCAAUACCGCUGUCGGAGUUCGAGUGGAAUGGCGACUCUAGGAGAGGGCUGGGAGACUACCGGGUGCCCAAAGUCAUGCAGACGGCCUUGGAUGGAACCAGGAUACCUCUGGACUCUUUGGCUCCGAAUAAAGGCGUGUACAGGAACACCAACUGCGUCUACCACGACGACUGGCGAGCCUACGAGUGUCACGACCUGGACUAUGAGAUGCUGGUCAUUGAAAGCAUGGACCCAGACACUGAAACCCGAAGACUGUCUCCGGUCGCCAUUUUGGGCGAGGGUUACCUUGACCUCAUGAACGGCCCCCAGGACCACGGCUGGUGCAGCGGCUACACGUGCAGGAAGAGACUGUCCACCUUCCAGGCCAUUGUCGCAACCAAUAAGACCUUCGACAUCUACUUUACAAGCACCACACCACAAACAAGUCGUUAUCAUCUCCUCAACGCGGACUCCACGCAGAGCGUUAGACUUGGUGUCUGGUACGGCAGACCAAACCGACUUGACGUCUACGUCAACAAUGCCCAUGUCAUGCCGAAGAACGGCGAGACGAGAAACGGUCGCUUCUACUUGAGAACCGACAUGACGCCAACCCAGUAUAUGCCGGAUCCGGCAACUGACGUCAUUGGCACCAACUACAUCAGCAGAGAAGAGAAGAUGUUGUUCUUUGUAGUCACGGGAGCCGCGUUUGUUGAGGUCAGAACUGCCUCAGUGAUCAUCGUUUCCUACACGCUUCCCGCCAUGACAGUCGACGACUUCUUUGGAGAGAACCUUGUGAGCAACAUCGCCGCCUUCCUCAACGUCGACCCCCGGAAGGUCCGGAUUGUGAACGUGGUCAACGAACAGUCCGUCGGCAGGAAGAAGAGGUCCACAACAGGCCCGACAGUCAACGUGGAGAUUGGUGACGAACCUGGUGAUUCAUCGCCACUAGCCUAUUCCGACAUCCAGCAACUCGAGACCUCAAUAUCCAAUGGCGUGGCGCUGGGGACGAUGAACGUGCUUCCAAACGGCACCGUGGCUGUAUCCGUUGGUCUGAUCACUGCCACCCCUCCCGUCGACAGCGCUGCAUGGCAAGGCGUCACUGUUGACGACCAGCCGUAUGUCCUCAACAAGGCUGGAAGAAUGGCUGUACACGAGACACCAGUACCUGGCAGGGAGGAGAAGGUGUUUGAAACUCCCGUCAGCCUCAGAGUAUAUGAUGAUUCGGCCGAGCCGCUCAGUCUGGUAGGCUCAAACAGCGAGCCCUGGCAGGUGACGGCGAAUCUGACUUUGGGAGCUGGCAGUGAUCCCUCUGCCGUGUUACAAGGCACGACUACAGUGACCUUCAGUAACGGCUGGGCGAAUUUCACAGAUCUCGCCAUUUCUCGUCCUGGGUCGGAUUACUCAAUCACCUUCACAGUUGCCUCCCCUGCUGAGGCCGGUAACUUUACGACAACCGUGUCUUCACUGACAGUCCCGGCGAGACGUAUCACUGCAGAAAUGGUGUCCACGACGACUGAUCCGCUAGAGGGCGAACUCAUCUCGCUCACGUUGGAGUUGCGAGACCAGGACACUGGUUCAGCCUUGUCCGAUAUUGCAUGGAGGGGCCACACGUGGAAUGUGACGGCCUCUUUGGCAAGCGGCUCCAUCCUGAACGGCACGCUGGACGGCGUCUUCAACCCCUCGACCGGUAGAGUGGACUUCACUGACCUCUCUAUCCCAGAAAUCGGAAUCUACUACCUGUCCUUCAACGUGUGGUCAACACCGUCAGAGUACAACUUCACCGUCGAAACGUACGUGGACGUAACAACGGCGUCACUUCGGAAUCUUGUCAUCGAGAAGUCCAGCGCUUGUCAGUUCAAGUUUGACGUCACUUAUGACACUGUUCAGUCCCCGAAGGAUGCGGCGGUGUUUGCAAACACGUGGGCUAUCAGGAACAAGAACAACGCAAUCAGGGUGACCGGCGUCAGCGCUUCCCCUGGUAGCGUCAUAGUGACCUUGACCUUUGGGGGUAAGACCGUCAACGUGACGGGCAUGAUCUCCGACCUGUGUGCGGAGGUCGAGUCGAGGUCCACCAAAUACAGCUUCGGAGGUCAGAGUAUCGCCAUGUCGCCGUACAUGAUGGUUGACGGGCAGUCGUACUAUGGAAACGGGUGUGGCGCUAAGAAGACCUCUAACAGUCUACAUCCGGGUGUUCUGGCCGCCAUCAUUCUCCUCAGCAUCACCAUCGUCAUCCUCGUCGUGAUAUUCGUGGUGUGGAAGGUCAAGGUCGUACCGAAAACAAAGACGUCAUUCCACACCAAUAACAUGAAAUACCUGGGUCACGUGAACACACCAUGGCAGGCUGAAGAUUUCCUCUUCCGUGACCCCAGCAUCCUGGGCCUCAAGAGGGAGGUGACCACCCCCACCGCCCCCGCCGACACCCUCUCCACCAGCGCCCUCAGCCCCGCCAACAAGUUCGACAUGUACACAGACAGCCCAGUGUCACACUCGCGGAUCUCUAUGCCCCUCCCAGCAGAAUAA